AUGGACCGGACAGGGCGAUGGGGAGUAGGGGCCCUCUCUGUUUACAUAGGCAUCUUAUACCCUUUUGUGUGUGUGUUUGGGCGGAAUUUACUAGAUAUCACCACGGAGAGCUGCCAUUCGCACGAGCUACUAUUCUGCUUGCCACUGGCCAAGGAUGGGAUGGCCAAAGGACUCACCGUGGAGGACGGGCGUGGGACAUCAAGGGCGAGACGAGACGACUGGGCGCAGGACUUGAUAUUGAACAUAGAAGCCAAAUCCGUAAUUACUAAUUCCGAUUCAUGA